AUGCCCCCUACGCCUCAAAUCCACGCACCACUACGACUGGAGAUUGCGAAAGAAUAUGACCCAAACAUCGUCCAAUUUCUGGUAGCAGGACUUCGUGGCCUUCCAGUGGAAUUUGCAACAAGUCGAAAGACCUUGUUUAUCCACCCUGGUCUCUAUACAAGUGGUCUCCCUACCGCGGUUCGCGAGGUUCACAAUAUCUGCAAAUUAAACAUGUUUCACGAUCGCAAUGGAGAAACCAGCUUUACUCUGCUUUCAAUACUUCGACAACAAUCUAUAGAACUCUGUCGCCGAUUGAACCAUACAGCCAAUUUCGAGGAGCUCCUAGGCUGUUCACAGGCUUUGGUUUUGAUUCAGUGCAUUCUAGCCCUCAAUCGAAAUGGCAACUCCGAUGCAUACUCAGAAGCGACUAGCACAAUGCUAGCAGGAAUUGCGGGGAAAUUGUGGCAACAGGCACCGAUUCAACUUCCGCAAACGCUCAGUUUGCGACAUGCAUGGCUUCUCGCUGAGAGUGUUCGUCGUACAAUUAUCGUUUGUUUCAUGCUACGCAGCGCAUAUUCGUUGAACACGAGAAACUACUCGGUUCGGACUCCGUUUGUGGAUUCCCUGCCAUUUGACCUCCGGACCAACUUGUGGGACGACGAUUCCCCAACCUCGUGGGAGCACGUGCUGUUGCAGUCUGAUGCCUCGAUGGUCUCAUUGCAUGAGUGGUCGGACGGCAUGGCAGCGGGUCGCGUCCAUGAAAUCUCACAUUUCAGCGAGCUGAUCUUGGCAGCUUGUAAGGGGCAGGCUGUUUCAACCAUUCCUUCCCCGCCAUUGAGCACUUAUAUUGAUGGUUGA